AUGCUAAAACGCCAAUUAGCAGGGGACUCUUCAUGCCAGAGAUGUGGAGCUCAGUCUGAAACCACAGACCAUCUCCUCUUCACUUGUCCUUUUGCACGAGCCAUGUGGUUUGGAAGUGCGCUGGCUCUAAUUAUCCCACCUGAUGGUCUCUUCUCGGUGGCUCAAUUGUUGCACCACUGGCCCAAGAUGAACUUCCCUAAUAAAAGAACAAGUGAAGAGGCUCUGUCCCUCGUAGUGUUCAUCUGCUGGACAUUAUGGCUGGCCAGGAACGAUAAGGUGUUUGGAAACAGAGAGUGGACACCAGAGGAGGUCAUCUCUCAUGCCCAGGUGUCGUGCGCUGAAUUUUUGGCUUCCACAACGGGUUGUUUAACCCCUCAGGUUCAUAUCCAUGACCAGCAAGCGCGGACCUCCAUGUGGACUCCACCCGAUCCAAGAACGAUCAAGGUCAAUUGCAACGCGGCGCUUCAUUUGGAUGAACCGGGCAGUGGUAUCGGUGUGGUGUUACGAAAUCACAGGGGCCUCCCCAUCCAGGCUAGUAGCGAUCCCAUUCCUUUCCAUGAUGCUUUACUGGGUGAAGCCUUGGCUAUUCUUAAUGGGAUGCAAGUGGCGUCGGCUACAGCCUGCACCAGAAUUCAAGUGGAAUCCGACAGUAAAGAAUUAGUAACCCUCAUCAAGGAGACCUCUACACCACCUCCUGUUUUUAUUCGAAGCACUCUUCAUGAUAUCAAAGUGCUAGCCCUGACCUUUAACACAUGUAUGUUCUCCCACAUACCUAGAGAUGCAAAUCAGGUUGCACAUGCUCUAGCUCGGAAGGCUCUGUCUGUGGCAUGUCAGACUGAUUGGCCUUUGUCCACUCCUUGGAUCCUUCAAGCUUGUUGUAAGGAUUCCGAGUAUUGUUCUUGCCCUUUUUUGCAAUAG